AUGCCCACGGAUCUAUGGACAACCAAAGGCCCACAAGCCCAACCUACCUCUCCGACCUGUUGUACCCAAGAUGACAGCCCCUUCGUAUAAUAUAUCAAAAUACGUAGGCAAGAUCAUUCAACCAGCUAUCAAAGGACAAUACGACGCCAAGGACUCAUUCACCUUUUGCGAGUUCAUCAAUUCAGUUACGCUACCCUCCGGGAUAUGUCCUCAUAUCGCUCGACGUAGUUUACCUCUUUACAAACAUCCCCGCAACGCUCGUGAAAGACAGCAUAACGAAGAACUGGGAGAGAAUCAAAGCACACACCAACAUCAACCGCUCGCUUUUCCUAGAAAUAGUCAACUUUUGCAUUGAGUCCAGUUACUUCACUUUCGACGGCAAAUUCUACCAACAGAUAUUUGGGACAGCGAUGGGAGACCCACUAUCUCCAACCGUUGCAGACCUAGUUAUGGAAGACUUAAUGGAUUAUGCUGUUAGCAGACUCAACUUUUCCUCUCCGGUGAUCCGCAAGUUCGUAGACGAUCUAAUCCUCACAGUACCCAGGGAUCAGAUCGAAAACGUCAUCUCCAUCUUCAACAGCUACAGCCCACACCUACAGUUCACGCACGAGAAAGAACAAGACAAUCGUAUACCAUUCCUUGACAUGACCAUCAUCCGUUUAUCCGACCAAAGCAUCCGCACCGAAUGGUAUAUAAAACCUAUAGCGAGCGGCCGUUUCCUGGACUUCAAAUCCUUCCAUCCCUUUCAACAAAAAAUCAACAUGAUCACCAGCUUCAUUCACCGAGUUAAACAACUAUCAACCGCCCUCACAGACGACCAGAUCAAGCAAAUCAUUGACAAACAGCUACAGCUCAACCACUACCCAGCAUCGUUGAGACACCGCUUCCUCAAUCGAAUGAAUGAACGCGCCAUAACAACAGACGAAAGCUGCCCUACACAAGACCAAACCAACAGCGAGAAACAAUACCGUCGUAUGCCCUACAUCCCAUUCCUCACCGACAAGAUCAGCAAACAUCUAGGCAAGGACUACCCCAACAUCGUCAUAGCAGCGAAAAACAUAAAAACCAACAGGGAACUAUACACCAGGCUAAAAGAAAAAGUACCUACCGAACUGAGAAGCAACAUCAUCUACCAAAUACCCUGCACCAACUGCUCAUCAUCGUACAUAGGAAUGACAUCAAACUACCUCAAAACAAGACUAUCUGGCCACAAAUCCAACAUUAACGCCCUCAACCGCCUAACCGAACGGCAAGUACCACCUGACGACCCAACACUAGAAAAUCUGAAAGAAAAAACAGCAUUAAUCAAACAUUCAGCAGAAACUGGACACAAAUUUGCUUUAGACAAAACAAACAUUCUCGACCAUCAUGUAAACACAAGAGCUCUAGCAAUUCUAGAAUCAUGCCACAUACUUAACCACGAGACCAUAAACAAACGAAGUGACACAGACAACCUUAGCUCAUCUUAUGCAGGCAUACUACAAACACUAAAGACUAUCAAUACAAAAAUUAGACGAGAUACAGUUACCAAUACUACAACCUCCAAUGUACCAUAAAAGAACUAUAAAAACCCCUAGACAAUAACCAUUAGAACACUUAGAAUAGCUAGAUAAAAAAGUAGGUGAUAGCAAUCCGGUCAUUUAAAUUAACAGUUUGACGAAAAAUCACAGAUGCCGUAAGUUUAAACUCAAAAACAACGUAAAAAACUAUAUAAUAAUGUUAUAACAUACAAUUUAGGGAUAAGUUGACGUUUAGGACACAAACAAUUUUGACGAACGAUAAGACCCCGAUGACAAAAAAACGUUAGCCCAUUCUAAUCCUCAGAAAAAGGACCAAUAAAGGCCCGAAACGUCGGAUCAGAAUUAAAAAAUAACGUUUUAGCUGGUCUUCCGACUGCAUAAGCCGAAAACCAUUUCAACAACGAAC